CAUCCGUCACAUAUUUCUGGCCGGGAAAGUGGAGCCAAAGCAUCUCUAAUUGGCGGGAAGAAACAUUUCGCGCAAAAAUGCUACUGGCGCCGCAUUGCUUUUCCUUGUAAUCGGACGGCUGACACUCAAAUGCACUAUCCUCAGCGACUUUUCGCUCUCACCAGCCGUCAGAUCGAACUUUGCUGAUAUUUUCGUCCUACCGUCGCCUUUUUCCAAGCUCUGUUAAUGAAAAGAGAGGAUCCCUAAUCCAGGGCUCAAGCUUAGUGAAGGGCUUCCGAUUGUUUCGCGGAUCAGAAAUCUUCUUGCAAGGUAAGAUCCUUGUUCUACAUUUCUUUGUUUGCUUCCUUUUAGCUUGAUUUGAGGAGAAGCCGACCGAAAUGGGCUUACGACUUCUGAAACAGCCCCUAAAACCUCCCCAUUCCUGUUCCCCUCUCUGCCCGAAACCCUCUCCGACAUCCUCCUGCUCUCCCUGUUUUGCCGAAACUUCCCACCCCUGCUCAAAGCCCUUGCUUAUGCCACUCUCCCCACUGGUUUCGCCCAAAAUCACCGCCUUCGUGAAGUAAUCUUCGCGAUACAGUCGUCAUUAGAGCUAGCUGGGAAGGAAACAACGGGAUCGAGGCUUACAGAGACCAUCGAAACUCCCUUCUUUGUCAUCCUUCCUCUCCGCUCCUACCAGAAGCCAUUGAGGGAAUUGGCUUCUUCACUGAGGCAGGCUAAGAUUUUGAAGCAGCGGGUUCCAGAGGGUGUGUCUCACUUUCUGAGAUUUUGAAGCAGCUGGUUCCAGAAGGACAACUUUUUCGACACCUAUUUGCAACGACGGAGAUAUUUUUUGCUGGGCACCGAAAAUCAACUCAGAGGCGCUUUUAUUUGGAGUUGUGGCGAGGAAUUUCGUAAGGAUCAGUCAUUGGAUACCGCUGUAUCUCUCCCAUUAAGAUGUUUCAAAUGGCAGAUCAAUCUGUGGGUAAUGAUGCAGAGGGCGGAGCGGAAAUGCCUCAACUGGGUGGUAAUAUGGAUAGUUUUCCAGCUGGAGAACCUACCACCCUCAACUUAGACGCAAAAGGCACUUUGAAUCAGAAAACUCAGAGGAAGAGGAAAAAGGCUUGCAUGGAAAGCGGCGUCAUUCACGAGAAAAAUUUGGCUUUCAUCAAAGAAUGCCAACAUGAGCUUGAUGGACUGUUUGAAUUCUACAAAGAGGUUUCUUCCUGCAAGCUUCAGCUCGAUGAAGGGCAUUUUACUUCUUUAAAUUCAGCAGUUGCCUGCAUGCUGGAGGAGAGCAGCCUUUCUUUUUCAGCAUUGGUGGAGGAAAUAUAUGGCAAAAUGAAAGCAAAAGAGGGAAACCAAGGAGCCACCUUGGCCUCAAUACGAAGUGCCGUGCUUUUUGUUGGACAGAGAGUGAUGUAUGGGGUAGUAAAUGAGGAUGUUGAUGUGCUGGAAGAUGUAUCUGAGAAGUGCCUUUGGUGCUGGGAGACCAGGGAAAUGAAGCUUUUGCCCAGAAAUCAACUUGGAUUUUUCCGUGAUCGUCGUCUUUGUCGGAAAAAGAUUCAUGAUAGGAUUUCUGCACUUUCAAUUACAAUUUCAUCUUUGUCUGUUCAUUCUGAUGAAAGCCACCUAGGUGAUUUGUCAAAGGAAGCUGCGAGGCGGCUUCGGAAAGCAAUGAAUUUGUCAAACAUAUGUUCGUUGGUUGAAAAACAGAAGCAAAAAUGUACUGCUGAGAUGGCUGAGAAAGAAGCCCAGUUGAAAGAAAAAGAACUGAUCAAGGAACUUGAGAGAAAUGAACAUGUUACUGAGAUGGAAAGGAAAAGACUUGAUCAAGACAUCCAGAAGCAGCAACAACAAGCUGAAAAAGAGUUAAGGAGGCUCCAAAACGAAGCUGCAGCAGAGGAAAAACGUCUUGAGAAAGAGAGGGAUGAACUUAAGAAACAGCUUAAAAAACAAGAAAUGCAAACAAAAAAAGACCAACAACGACAUGAGAAAGAAGCAGCUGAAUUGAAAAAAAAACUUAAAAUACAAAAGCAAGCAACAAUUAUGGAACGGUUUCUCAAGCGCACGAAGGUCAAUGAUUCGCUUGAUUUAACGUCCUCACAGGAGGUGUUAAUUUCGGAAGUGAACUGCGAAAGCGAGAGUAUGGUUAACUCAACUUCAUCGUCGAUGGAUAACAUGCUAUCAUUGCAUGAAAACCUUGCAAUGGAGGAACUACUCAGAAUGCAUAUUGUUAGAUGGCACGAAUGUUGCCGUUCAAACAGAUCCAACCGAUGGGGUGUACGGUCCAAGCCAAAGAUUAACUUGUUUCAAGACUUGAAAUUGUUAGGCCAAACUUCUGAAGCUGGAUGUGCAAAAGAGACAGUGGUAGAUAAACAGUUGGGCGAAUGUGCUGAGGCUUCCACAAAUAACCAGAAAUGCCAGAAUAUUUUAGAAAAUAGUCCUCCCAAUUGUUUAGUUAAAAAGCUUUUGCAGUUUGACAAGAGUAACAGACCAGCAUAUUAUGGUACUUGGAGUAGGAAAAGUAUUAUUGGUCCUCGAAAUCCGUUUAGGAUAGAUCCUGACUUGGAUUAUGAAGUUGAUAGCGAUGAGGAAUGGGAGGAGGAAGAACCAGGGGAAAGCCUAUCGGAUUGCGAGAAAGACAAGGAGGAUGAAGUGCUUGACGAAGAAAACAUGAAGGAGGGCAGUGAUGAUGAAAGUGAAGAUAGUUUCUUAGUGCCUGAUGGAUAUCUUUCAGAAAAUGAGGGGGUUCAAGACAAACAAUCAGAUUCCAUGGAUGAAGAAUCCAGAAGCUUAACAUGCUCUCAGAUGGAAACUGAAAAUGAGAAAUUCAGUGCAUUUUUUCAACAACAAAAGUAUCUUAACAACUUGACUGAACAGGCUCUUCGGAAGGGUCAUCCACUAAUUAUUACAAAUCUAAGGCAUGAAAAAACAAAAUCACUAAAUGCUGAUUCUUUAGAUGGAACUGCUAGGUUGGAACAAAUCUGCUUGCAGGUUUUGUGUAUUAGGGUUUGCCCUGGAGCUUCAGCUAUUGAGAUACCAAGUAAUAAUCUUGCAAGUAAAGAUGAAGAACAAUUUUCACUAGCUAAUAAUAUAAGCACUCCUCCAGCCACGACGGCUGUUUUUAUACCAGAUUCAGAAUUGCCUGAAUUUGUUAAAGCAAUUCAAUUAUCUCCACAGAGUAUCAAAAAGGUUGUAGAAUCAUUGCAAAUUAAGUUCUCAAGCAUUUCUAAAUCUCAAAUAAAGAAUAAAGUGAAAGAAAUUUCAGAUUAUUCUGACCAUCGCUGGCAGGUUAAGAAAGAGGUCUUGGAUCGGCUUGGCUUACCCAUCACCACUAACAAAAGCAGCAAGGAGAAAGGCAUUGCAAAGUUCUUCACCAAACGCUGCUUGCCUCCAAGGGAAGUGCCCUUUAAGUUUCCUGAUCUCUCCCCUGAGCAGAAGAGCAGUAAGGAACUUAUCAACGUUGACAAAGAUCAGAGUACCACCGCAUAAUCAAUUGCCAAGAAGCUCAUUCUGUUCGAAAUUGGUUCUUUUUAUGAUGGGAUGGGUUUUUAUAGGGUGCUAAAUGUGAAUAAUAUGCAACUUAGUAAUAUGGAUGUGUGUAGCAUAUACUAAGUGUUUUGUAUUGAUAUGUAAUUUUUAGCAGAGUUGUUUCAAUCUUUUCUUUACAAUUUGCCGAACUGUUAUUUGUUCAUCGUUCUGCUCUACCAAGUAAUCAUAGUUUUUUUGUGGAUCGCA